GAGGGGUGUGGUGUAAAAACAGGAAGUGCAUGUGUGCUGACAGGCGGAGAGUCCCGCUGCACAGAUCUCAAAAUAAUAUAUCUGAUAAUAAAAAGACAUUUCCUCAUAUUUGUAGGUGAAAGGAUAAAAUGCCACUCCUGACUCAAAACAAACAAAUCGACCGCGUGAUAUCAACGACCGAAUUAUUCACGAAAUAUUCCCAUUUAAAGGAAAAUGCCAAAACAUUUCACUCCAAACCCCUUGUGACAGUGGACCCAAAGUGCCUGCUGUAUGUUCAACAGAGGGAAUAUGCGGCCACAACGCCAGCAGACGGCUCUGUUUCAGUUAUUGGCUCUGAGGAUGCAACAACGUGUCACUUAGUAGUCCUGCGACAUACCGGAAAUGGAGCGACCUGUCUGGCUCACCUGGACGGCUCAAGCACGUGGACUGAAGUUCCUCUCGUAGUUAAUGCUGUCACAGCAUUAAGCAACUCAGCUAAAGCAGGCAGGUUAGAGCUUCAUCUCGUUGGAGGGUUUGAUGAUGACAGGAAGACGUCGCAUAAGCUCAGCCGUGAAAUUUUAGCAGCGUUUCAGAAACAAAAGGAAGAAGUUCACCUAGAAACUUGCUGCAUUACUGAUAUGAAUGAUGUUGUGACAGACGGGAUUCACAGACCAAUUAUCUAUGGAAUAGGUGUGAAUGUUAAAACGGGUGAGGUUUUCCCAGCUGUGUUUCCACACAAAGGCCCUGCUGAGGAUUUGAGGUCUGCUCGUAGCUUCACAGGUGGACAGUUAGCCGAGGUGUAUGACUGUAGUAAAGAGCAGGUGAAGAUUGGACCAUGCAAGUGGCCACUGAGCACAGACAUCGCCUUCUGGUUGGAUGAAGAUGACGAAACAAUUUUGCAGUACCUGUCCACAUCACCUUAUGCUGAGCCACCUCAUUUUGUCCAACACAUUAAGUCCACGAUCCGCUUCCUGCUGGAACACCCAAACACCGAUGCUCUGUUUCCCGGAGGCCAGCCUCAGCUCUUCCAGCGAUCGGAGCAGGGAGAGUGGGAGAGUGUCUGCCCUUAAGACUGAUCGCUGCCCUUAACACUGAUUGCUGCCCUUAAAUCUAAUCUCUGCCCUUAACCAUCAACAUCACUGUGACCCAACCAAAGGCCUUUACAAGAAGUGUCUGUAUAUGUUGCUCUUUCAUGCCAAUCCAUUUCUCUUGAAGAAGAUCAGUGGUGCUUGGUAGAAACUCGGAUUAGCAUAAAAAUGAAACUGGAGAGGAAAAAUGGGAUCAUCUUUAGUUAUGCAUCAAUUAGUUUUAGAGACUGUACAGAAGUAAAAAUCCCCCAUUAUGGACUCCUAAAGCUGGACUUGUCAGUGUACAAUGUUGUACAGUAAUGAAAAAAUAUAUUAUGUGACUUUGUUUCCUCUGAUAGUGUAUCAUAAAUAUGCCAUGGAUGUGUGACCAGAGUUUUGUUUGUUUCCUUCAUGAGAUGUGAAGAUAAAAUGCUGUAUAUCCUUCAAAAAGACCAAAACAAAGUGUAAUAAACAUUCACCUUGAAAUUACAGUGUUCUUAACUGUACACCUUUACAUCUAAAGAAAUUUGGUGCUUCCUGUUUACAGUCCUUUACUGCACCUAACACAUGGGGAAGGUUAGAGGGUUUUAGGUAUGGACAAACCUGUAUCUAAAUCAUUCAUCAUCAUUCAAUCAUCUAAAACUAUUGUGUAAUCACAGUUCUGACAAAAAAUGCCUUUGUUAAAGGACUAGUUUAUCAGUUUGCUUCUUCAAUUUUGCAACGAUCCAUCUCAUCCAUGCGCUUGUCUGUAAGUUUGGCAUACAGAUUACACUAUAAAUGCUGGGUCAUCAAGUUGGUUUAGCUUGAUGGGAAUAAGACUGAUGAUCUCCUCAUCAUGGCACCUGUUAGAGGGAUAUAUUAGACAGCAAGUGAACAUUUUGUCCUCAAUGUUAAUGUGUUAGAAGCAGGAGAAAAAGGGGCAAGUGUAAGGAUUUGAGCGAGUUUGACAAGGGCCAUAUUGUGAUGGCUAGACCACUGCAUCUCCAAAACUGCAGCUCUUGUGGGGUGUUCUCAGUCUGCAGUGGUCAGUAUCUAUCAAAAGUGGUCCAAGGAAGGAACAGUGGUGAACUAGUGACAGGGUCAUGGGUGGCUAAGGCUUAUUGAUCCAUGAGGGGAGCGAAGGCUGGCUCAUGUGAUCCAGUUCAAGAGACAAGCUACUGCUGCUCAGAUUGCUGAUAGAAAGGUGUCAGAAUACUCAGUGCAUGGCGAAUCAGAGCUGUUUUGGUAGUGAAAGGGGGACCAACACAACAUUAGGCAUAGUCAUUAUGUUAUGCCUGGACAGUGUAUAUUACUAAUAUAAUACUAAUAUAUUUAUGUUACCUAAAUUUGAGCAAUAGCUAUUGUUACUUCAACCUACUUGAAGUACCCUGUGCUUUAACCUGUAAUAUAAUCUAUGAUUAAAGGUUAUCACUGGAGACAAGCUUAUCUAGCCUUUGUUUUGCUCUGUAAAAAAACAAACAUUGAUCAUCCCUGGUUAACAUCCUAACCCUGAGUGUAAUGGUGAAGCUAAAAAAAUGUACAUAAACAAUUAGAAAUAAAUAGCAGGGAUAGGCUAAGCAUUAGAAUACACAUACAGCUUUCCAAUACAAUGUAAUAUUUGAAAUGGAAAUAUACCAGAACUUUCUAAGCACAGUUUAUUAUUAUCAUUAUAUAAUUAUUACGAUUAUAGUAACAUUUACUUUAUGUAUUUGGUUUAAGCUAUUUGCAACACUGGGACAUUAACUUCAUCUAAACUUUAAACUUGUAUUUUCAGGGUCUUUUAUGCUGUUAUAGGAAGUUAAGUGACUGUAGGAUGUCAGAUGACUCAGGAGGAGAAAUAAAAACAGUUAUUUGACUCCAUUUUGGCCAAACUGGUGAGCACAAGGAACUUACAUAACGACUGAGAAGAUUGCUGAAGCUUCAGCAUUGUAAAAUUAUGAUAUUUUCUGGUCUGGUCACACGGACUCCAAAACCAAACCCCCCCAUUUGUGCAAAAAUGCACAGAGAAGUGGAGCAGAAGAAGUCACCGACACCUCAGGCACCGACACCUAGAGGAAAAAUUGCCCUCCUUAAAGCAGAAGAAGACAUGUUCAGGCACAGAAUUAAAAGUCUUCCUGGGAAUCGCCCUAAUAUGAAACAAAAUGAGAUUCUGGUGACUUGAAGGAUGAAGACAAUUUAGUGGAAAUGGGGGGAAAAAAUGUAUUAUUUACUACUUUUGUUUAAAGACAUUAAAAAUGUAAAUUUAUUUUAAGUUUAUUAUUAAGUUUUUAUUAUUAUUUUUUAACAUAAUUUUAGCUGCAAUAUAAAUUAAGACAUAUGUUCAGUAACACUAAACUUUUUUUCACUGAUCUCUUUACUUUAUACUUAAAGUAUAAAUUUCACCCAUUUUAAUCUGCACUUUUUUCUGUUUUGUUUUUCUUUUCUUUUUUUCUUUUUUUUUCUUUUUUUUUUUUUUUACCACUAUUAGAUUUCAGAGCUGCUAGCUGUCCCCAAAUUUACACAUAUUACUGUUUUUAAUGUUUAACAUGGGAAUAAGGGGAAGUUUAUUUUCUUUUUAUAUUUUUUCAUUUUUAGAACAAGGUCUAGUGUUUGUUUAAUUUUGUACUUUGUAUACAGUAUGUCACGUUCCCUUGCAUGUAAAAAGUUAACAGAAAAAAAAGUGUAUUUAAGUCAUUGUUUAAUGCUGUGUCAUAGUCAUAGUCAUCUUGGUAAAGCUGUGCUUGGAAUGAUCACCUUUGUUUUUCUCUCUACUUGUUUUUACUCUCUACCAUCACCAGCCAGACUUACGUACAGAUAUCUGCCAAAAAAUAUAUUAAUAAAUAAGACUGUUUUUAAGUGUU